GUCCCCCCGCGCUAUUCACGACGGCCUCUGCGCUGUUUCCGCGCCGUAGCGCCCGGAGGCCGGGAUGGGGCGCUACGCCACGGCGGCGGCGCAGUGUGCCCCUCCAGACAUCCCUACGUUCGCAUCCAGACCCCUUGGGAGAUCCUGCCCUGUUGCUAAUUGUCGAGAGCUGUCCAGAAUUGUUAAGAUCCUGCUGUGCUCGUGAGGUGUUACAUUACCUGGUACGACAACAGCUCUCACCAGAAUGCUAAGCAGCAGCCGCCAUCAGAGAGACUAAAGCCAGUGGUGGGAACAGAAAUAUAAAGUCACCGCCAAAGGUUCUGAAACCACAAGUGAAGAAUCUGAGUUGACCCAAAAGCAGGCCGGUUCCUGUCUCCAGGCGGGACCAAGCUCCAGCUCAUUGCCAGCCAGAUGCAGCAGGAAGCACAGAGCCUUCUGAGAGCUGUAGUUCGAGUGGAUGCUGAUUGAGUGACCUAAAAUGUGAGCUUGGUGCAGCAGCCGCUCCUUCUAGCAGGCUUGGUGCGCUACCAGCAGCUCUGUGCAGAGACCAUCUAGCAUGCUCCUCCAACCGUGCUGCUCAGCUGGUGCCAACAGCAGCCGUUCGAUUCCAGGGACACCAGGCUGAGUUCACACCAACUGGGCACUGGACCUGCAGAGCAGAAACUGUAUUGGUGCUUCUGGAGCAGCUGGUCCAGAGAUCUGCUCUUUGAAAGGCUUUGAACACUUCUUCCUCUGCCUGCAUACUUAUGAAGAGUCAGUGCUGGGCAUUAAAUGCAGCUCAGCCCAACUCAGCUGCUGUGUAUGAGUUUCUUCUGUGUUAAAGUUGGGCCAGAAACAGUUUCAAGGCAGCCGAAAGAAGAACCGACCUUCCUUUCUCCAGUGUGUUGGGAACUUUACAGCAGCCCAUGCCGCAGCGCCUCGCCUAUUCCACCCGAACUGCCCGUGCCACUGGCUUGGACCUAACCUAGGAUAAAUCUCAGCGUGGCCUGGGUAGGGGGGAACCAUGGGGAGCUCUGCCUCAUCGCUGGCCGCAGAGACGGAGUCGGACCAUGGCUUCACUAGCGCACCCUACCCGGGGCACCCAGCCGUGAGCUGGUAUAGGAGUAGUCACAGUGGCCCUGUUUGGGAAAGUGCCCUUAUAACGCGGCAGCAUCAGCAUUUACACCACCGGGUGCGAAGCCACUCCCACUCUCCCGGCUCCAUGGCUGCCGUCCGCGAAUGGUCCUGCACCCGCUGCACCUUUCUGAACCCAGUCGGCCAGCGGCAGUGCUCCAUAUGCGAAGCCCCCCGCCAGAAGCCUGACCUCAACCACAUCCUGCGGCUCAGCGUGGAGGAACAGAAAUGGGCUUGUGCCCGCUGCACCUUCAGGAACUUUCUGGGCAAGGAAACCUGCGAGGUAUGUGGCUUCACCCCAGAGCCAGGGCCCAGCGGCUCCCCUUUGCCCGUCAUCAACGGCAUUUUGCCCAAGCCCGCUGUGCUUGUGGAGCCCAAGGGCACGUCCAAGGAGGAGGCUGCCAAGACAGAAAGCAGCAGCGAGGACUCAGAGGGGAAGAGCCCUGAUGAAGCGGAGCUGGAGAGUGGCUGGGCUUGCCAGCGCUGCACACUGCACAACACGCCAGUGGCCAACUCCUGCUCUGCCUGUGGUGGCCCACGCAAGCUCUCCCUGCCCAAGAUCCCACCAGAGGCGCUGGUCGUCCCUGAAGUCAUCACCCCUGCCGGAUUUCACAUGGCCCCCUCUACCCCGCAGCCUUUAGUCUCUGCAGAGAUCUCUGAUGGUGACACCCUGGCCACCCAGGGCCCAGUGGCUAUGGAACAAGAGGCCCAGAAGAUACCAGCCUUCAGUCCCUUCUCCCCGGGGCUCCAGAACAACCCUGUGCCCCGAAGCCGCCGGGAGGUGCCCCCCCAGCUGCAGAUGCCAGGGCCUGAAGCCUCCCAGCCUGUGGCUCAGAGCACAGCAGGGCAGAAGGGCUCUCCGCAGGGUCAGGCCAGAGCUGCCCCGGCUGCCCGCUUCCAGGAGCUGCUGUCCAACAAGCGGCUGAGCGUGCUGGAGGAGGAGAUGGAGGUCAGUCCAUCCCACUGGAAGUGCAGCUCCUGCUCCUUGCUUAACUCCGCCGGAGCCAGCAAAUGCGAGGCUUGCAGCACCCAGAAAGGCAGUGACACCAUCAAUCUGGUGGGGGACUCAGUGAGAUUCACCCCGUGCAGCCCCUCCAGCCCUGACUUCACCACCUGGUCCUGUUCCAAGUGCACCCUCAAGAACCCCACCCUGGCCCAGAAGUGUAAAGCCUGUGGCUCCUCCAAGCUGCAUGGCUUCCAGGAGCAUGGGACACAGGGCGAGCCGUCCCCCCGCUGCCCUGACUGUGGGGCUUGCGACAAGGGCAGCUGCUCCUCCUGUGGUGGCAGGGCCCCGUCCGCCCGCAAGGUUGCCCGCCUCUUCCCGUCCCAGCUGCCCACCAGCCAGGAGAGGCCGAGCCAGUGGGCUUGUCCCGCUUGCACCUUGCUCAACGAGCUCAAGGCCAAGCACUGCGUGGCCUGCCAUACCCCGCAGCAGUACAUGGCCCAGCGCAAGGGCCUCAAGCCCCUGAAGAGACGGGAGAGCAUGCACGUGGAGAAGAGGCGGCAGACGGACGAGGGAGAGGCCAAAGCCCUGUGGGAAAACAUCGUGACCUUCUGCCGGGAGAACAAAGUCAAUUUUGUAGAUGACAGUUUCCACCCUGGGCCUAAGUCUGUGGGAUUCCCAGAAGGCGACAGCGUGCAGCAGAGGGUGAAACAGUGGCUGCGACCCCACGAAAUCAACUGUAGCAUCUUCAAGGACCGAUCGGUGAAGUGGUCAGUGUUUCGGACACCCAGGCCCUCGGAUAUCCUGCAGGGACUGCUGGGAAACUGCUGGUUCCUGAGCGCCCUGGCUGUGCUGGCCGAGCGGCCGGAGCUGGUGGAGAGGGUGAUGAUCACGAGGACGCUGUGUCCCGAGGGUGCCUACCAGGUGCGGCUGUGCAAGGAUGGCACGUGGACCACAGUGCUGGUGGAUGACAUGCUGCCAUGUGAUGAGUGCGGAUACCUCCUCUUCUCGCAGGCCCAGAGGAAGCAGUUGUGGGUUGCCCUCAUUGAGAAGGCGCUGGCCAAGCUUCAUGGUUCGUACUUUGCCCUCCAGGCGGGGCGUGCUAUUGAAGGCCUGGCUACACUAACGGGUGCCCCCUGCGAGAGCCUGAUGCUGCAGGUCAGCUCCACUAACCCUCGCGAGGAGCCCAUUGACACUGACCUCAUCUGGGCCAAAAUGCUGAGUUCUAAGGAGGCUGGGUUCCUCAUGGGCGCGUCCUGUGGCGGAGGCAACAUGAAAGUGGACGAUGUGGCCUAUGAGAGUAUGGGUCUGCGUCCACGGCAUGCCUACUCCAUCCUGGAUGUGCGGGAUGUCCAAGGCUUCAGGUUACUGCGGCUCCGAAACCCCUGGGGCCGCUUCUCCUGGAACGGCAACUGGUCCGAUGAGUGGCCACACUGGCCAGCUCCCUUGCGUCAUGAUCUGAUGCCCCAUGGCAGCAGCGAGGGCGUCUUCUGGAUGGAGUACAGCGAUUUCAUUAAGUACUUUGACUCCGUGGAUAUCUGCAAGCUCCAUUCGGACUGGCACGAGGUGCGUGUGCAGGGCAUGUUCCCCAACAAGGCCAACGGGCCGGUGACGGUGACAUCGCUGACAGUGUUGGAGCGUGCCGCCCUGGAGUUUGCCCUCUUCCAGGAGGGCAGCAGGCGGUCGGACACGGUGGACAGUCACUUGCUGGAUCUGUGCAUCAUGGUUUUCCGGGCCACCUUCACCAGCGGAAACAAGCUGAGCCUGGGCCGACUGAUGGCUCACAGCAAACGAGCUGUCAAGAAGUUCGUCAACUGCGACGUCAUGCUGGAGCCGGGCGAGUACGCUGUUGUGUGCUGUGCCUUCAACCACUGGAGUGUCACCCUGUCAGGCCCUGCCGCCGCCCAGGCAUCCAGUCCCACCAGCAGCCGGCCAGUCACCGAUUAUUCCAGCUAUAUCCUGGCCAUCUACAGCUCCCGCCUGGUGAUGGUGGAGCAGGUGGAGGCGCAGCCCACCACGCUGGCAGAUGCCAUCAUCCUGCUGACCGAGAACAAGGGCGAGCGCCAUGAGGGCCGCGAGGGGAUGACCUGCUACUACUUGACGCACGGCUGGGCAGGGCUCAUUGUGGUGGUGGAGAACCGGCACCCCAAGUCCUACCUGCACGUCCAGUGCGACUGCACCGACAGCUUCAACGUCGUCUCCACGCGUGGCAGCCUCAAAACGCAGGACAGCGUCCCCCCCCUGCACAGGCAGGUGUUGGUGAUCCUCUCCCAGCUGGAGGGUAACGCCGGCUUCUCCAUCACCCACCGCCUGGCGCACCGCAAAGCCACCCAGGCCUUCCUCAAUGACUGGAUGUCGACGAAGGGCACACACAACCCGCUGCUGACGCCCGAGGUCGCCGGGCUCCAUGGCCCCCGGCCCCUAUGACAAAGCGCCUCCCCCUCCCCGCUCCGCUCCCCUGUUAUUUUCACCGAGUCUCUGGCCUGGGGUCGCCCCCCGAGCUGUCAGCGCUGAGCCGUGGGACGGAGCCGGAGCAUCACACCCAGCACUUUGCCCUGCAACACAGGGCCGGGGCGAACUCUCAGGGCCAGGACCAGCUCUGCCCACUGCCCCCCGCCCUGGCACCGCCGGCCCCCCACGCGCUUUAUGAGGAGCGGCUGGGGGCACGGGGCCAUCUCAGGAUCCCACCUGCCCCAUACCUGUGCUGGGGCCCGGUGCCCUCGGCCUGCCCCGGGCAUGCAGCAGGGGGCUGCGGGAGAUGGGGGGGGGGCUGGAGGUUGCUGUCAAGGCCCUUCCCAGGCACCACGCUCAGGACUCUGCCCCCUCCCGCAGCGCCAGGGCCCUGGCGCUGCAAAAAAAAAAGAAUAUACCUCUGACGUCUGUCCGUCUGUAUGACCCUCCGUCUGUCCCUGGCCCUUCCCACUGUCUUGUUCCCCUCAUCGUCUGCUGCCAGGACCAACAUGGCACCGAGGUACUGUAGCUGGGUCGGGGGGUGCCGGGGUCACUGCCAUGGUGCCACCCGUGCUGGCUGCUCGUGGCAAGGAUCUGCUGCAGUGCCUAGACCCCCAUCCACCUUGCCUGUCCCAGGUGCCGGGUCUGGGGAGGAGAGGGUGCUGGGUUGUUUUGGAAAGCUGCCACUGCGGGGUUUUCACCGCACCUCGGGGUGAAAUGCAGAGGCGCCCUCCUCCACCGCUGCUCUGGGGCGGGGAGCGGGGCCACGGGGUGAUGGUCAGAGACCCCCCCCUCAACUCAUCACACAAGUGUUACUAUGCAAAGGCGGCCGCUGAAAGCAGUGCCUGGAGAGAAGCCAUGCGUCCCGAGCUGGGCUCAGCCCCCCCGGGCACUGCCCUGUGGGGGCCUCCCCCCUCCCCGUGCCCUGUGGAGGUGAGGGGUGAAGGGCAGCAGGUACGGACCCGGGGUUCGGCUUUACCAUGUUGCCAUGUGCCGGGGGUGGGGGGCCUGAUUUUGUGGGGGGAAGCAGAGACCCCCAUCCUUCAGAGGCCAAGUCCUGUGGAAGGUAGUGAGCACAAGGUGAAGGCUUGCAAGAGCCUCAGGGUGCCGCUGGCCCCAGCGGGUGCUCCGUGGCGGGGACUGACCCCCACGGUUUCAGGGUGUCAUGGCUCUCCGGCUUGGUGCGGGCGUGCGUGUGUAUGUGUGUGUACGUGUGUGUGUGUGUUUUGGGGGUCCCCCAGUGUUACCCUCUCCUUCCCAAGCUGUGUAGACCUGCAGCUCAGGGGUGGGGUGGGGUGGGAGAUGCUGGGCCCUGUUCUGGCAGGGACCAUGCUGGAGGGCAGCCUGCGCCCCAAACCCUGUGCCAGGCUGGGCAGGGGGAGUUGUGGGGUGUGGGGUUUGCCCAGCGUGUCCCUCUGUGUCCCCACGGGGUGGGCGGGGGGGGGUGGGCUGCCCUGACACCUUCCCGGCCCCCCCAGCCGGGGCUGCUGAGCCAAGCUCUGUCCGUAUUUUUGUUUGUUGAUCUGUUUUCUCUUCCCUGCUCCUUCCUCCUCGGGAUGAUUUGUCCUUCACUUUUUUUUUCCUCUCUCUGUCUUUCUGAGCUGUGAAUAUUUUUAACCCUGUAAAUACUGUCCAGCUCUUAAGAAACAUAGGAUAUUUUAUCAAUUGUAAAUCAGAUCCGUAAUCCCUGUAUGAUAUGAAUUAUCCAUGGGUGGUUUUCAAACUCAGGUUCUGAUGGACCAAAUAAAGUUUUGUUUUUUACUGAA